AUGUCUAACAUGGCAGGAUCGGGAACAACUAAGCUUCGCACACUAGUUUUCAAUGGAGAAAACUAUGAGUUCUGGAGCAUUAGGAUGAAAAACAUUCUGAAAUCUCAUGGAUUGUGGGAUCUAAUCGAGAAUGGGUUCAAUGCUUCAGAUUCGAAGAAGGAGAAAGAGGAGGCUAAGGAUACUGAGAAGUCUACGACGGCUCAGAUUCUGAUGAAGGAUGCUCGCGCACUUGGAUUGAUUCAAAGUACUGUCUCAGAUCAGCUCUUCCCCAGAAUUGUGAACGGGGAGACCUCAAAGGGUGCAUCUUUGAAGAGCUUUAAGCUCAGAUUGGAUCGACAUAUUGAGAAUUCUACAAAAAGAGCCUUUACUAGUCUGAAUAUUGAGGGAAAAAAAUCCUAA